UAAUGACAAUCCUUUUUUCCAGAGUCACUCGAAAGAAGAACAAUUUGAUUGGUCAAAUUUACUUGGCGAAUAUUUUGAAAGUAUCAUUUUUUAUCUGAAGAAAAAUAUUUGAAAACAGACAUUUGUGCAUAUAUUUUAACAUUUUAACUGUUAAAUCUAUAUUUUUAAUCACUCAUUUCACUACAUAGUGUAUUGAUUUCGACGAUUCUUACAUCAAUUUUGAAUGUUUGAAGAAUGGAUGACCUGUUACACAGACCGUUACCAUUCCUGAGACCACUCAUGUCAACAGAUUUCCGUUCAGAUAUGGAACCUUUCAAUCCAGCAAAGAUGAGGUCCGUCAGCACUUCUACUCCAAUUCUAACGAGAGAGAUGGUUGACCAGAAGACUCCCAAGGUCACAAGAUCAAUGUCAACAGGUCAAGUCAAUGAUUCCGGAUUUGAUGAAUCCUUCACGGACUCUUGUUGUGGUGAUGAAACAAUGUGUAUGAGUACUCCCAGUACAGUUUAUAGAAAUGAGAAAUGUACUCCUGUGACAAACUUCAAUGAUAUGUACAAGUACAGAGGUGAUAGUGUGUUAGACGAAAGUUACACAUGUGCUUUUAAUGUCAAGGUCAAUCGCUUCUUUGAAACACCUGGUUCCACAUUUUUCGCUGACACAAUAGACGAUUGUGAUGACAUCAGGGAAAGUAAGAGAAGUAAGAGACAGUCGGUUAACAUUCCUUCCUACAGUUUAAACCUUGACCUUGAACCUUGUCCCAUGGAACUUGGUACUGAAGAUUACACAUCAAGUUUAGUGGAGAGAUUUGAUGAAGUUAUGCUCAAAUUUUCCCCGAUUUAUCCUGAGAAAGUCAUUGGAAGGAAGAUGGGACUUGAUCAUGUGGACAUUAUCUCAGAACUAUCUGAUAGAAAUAUAAGUUGUUCAGCAAUACUUCAGUACUUAGAUCCUAAAGAUUUAUGCAGUAUGUGUGAGGUGAGCAGAAGAUGGCAGACUGUAUGUAAUGGUGACCCAGUCAGUCGUAAGAGAAAGAGAUCCAUCACAGACAGACUGAUCAUUGGCAAGGAGAAUGCAGGAAAAAGAUCUCCACCAAAGCAGUUCCGAGGGUUAACAGAUAGUCAGACUACAUUGGCACCACUACAGCUAAUAGGGAAACUAACCAAACAACUGACUCCAUGUUCUAUUAAAGUUAAUCUAUUUCAAAAGGCUGCCAGUUCUCUGAAGAAUGAUGAAAAAUUAAGAAAGUGUCCGAAAUGUUCAAAAGUGUCCAAAGUAUUACCGGUCCAGGAAAGAGGACAGUGUCAAAACCUAGAUUGUUUGUUUGACUUUUGUACCAAAUGCUUUUACAAUUUUCAUGGCUCAAAACCGUGUGUACCAAUGUCACCAAAGAAGGCAAAGACCACUUCUAUAGGAGGUAAAAAGAGUAAAAAGAAUCUAAGAAGACUGUAGCUCAUAUUAAAGGCAACUCUUGGUUGCAGGUUAAAAGUGCAAUAUAUCCCAGAAAGCAAUGCUGUGGAGUCAGCUAAAGGAAUGGCCAGGUAGAGUUGUCUCCAAUCAGGAGAAAAUGAAAUUAUCUCCCUUUACACUGGAGAUGACUUUGUGAUAGAAAAUCAGUUUGCUAUUGACUCAUUGAGCAGCUGUAGAAAAAGGGUUGGCCAUUUUCCAUGAUGGGCACAUAUGGAGGAAUAGCUCUUCAAUGAGCUGACAAGAUUCAACAACAAAUGUCCAAGAUGAGCUAGCCGGUGAAUUGAAAGAGCCUUUAAAAAGCACACAUUUUUAGAUAUUUAUUUCUAGUCAAUGAUUUUUAGAAUAAUCACUUUAUCUGAAAACAAUCAAACAAUAUUUAUUUAUUUCUAUGCUAUUUAAUACAUUCACAAUGACCAAAUCUUUUGGCAAUUCAUUUGUGCUCUAAAGACUUCUAAAGUCAAAAUUAUCAAAAUUUAUAAGAUAGUCAUGAUAGUAGCAUCAAAGUUUAAUAUGUUGUCUAAUAUAUUAUUAUUAGCAUAUCAUAAAUCAGGCAAUAAAGGGAAGUAAGAAAAGUUGCAUGUAUGCACAAUAUAUGUAAACUUUUUAUGUUUCUAAUUUUUAUACACUUAUUUUUACAUUUGCAUGUAUUGCAAACUUUGUUCUAGUAAAUAUUUUAUACAAUGUUUUUUUCAUAUUAUUUUUAUUUGUUAUUUUUUAUUUCACUUUUAUUUGAAUGAAAUGUAUGAAUGAGAAGGGGAAAUGAUUAGAUGAGAGUUGUUUACAUAUGGAGACAGGUUUAACAGAAUUUUAUGUCAGAAUAGAUUAAAAAUGAACUAUAAAUGAAAGGUAUUCUUCGUAUUGGAAAAUUAAAGUCUAGAUAUUCAAGAUAAAUCUGACAACAGAAUACACAUUCAUUAAAGUCAACAAUCAUAAAGGGCAUUUUUAUUUGACUUGUUGAUUUUUUGGAAGAGAUAUUCAGAAAUGAAAUGAAUUUACAGGGUUGUGAAUAAUAAAAGUGCUCAAUUCUAUUACUGAGAUCAAGAGGGGUACAGGAUGUGUUUCAAAAAUAUGAAAUUGCGAAAGAGAAAACAUGAAAGAUAUGUCAUGCACGAGUGAAUCAAUGAAAUGAAAAUGUGUAUAGAGUUGUGUGCAUGUGUAUAAAAUAUAGAAAGGUAUCUGUUUGAGUGAUUGUGUAUGUGUCAGGAGAAUAAGUGAGUAAACUAUUAUUUAAUGAGAGGAAAUACACCAAUGUGUUCAAUUUCUUAUAACCACACAUGUGUUCAUAAAUGAUAUCUGCCACAAAUGUGUUCAAAAUGAUAUCCACCAUAGAUUGUGUUCCUUGAAUCUCUUGUUACUGAAUAAAAUUAUUUUAUUUA